AGGCUCGUAGACCCUCUUUAGCAGCAGUGUUUACAUGCAACUCGAGGAAAGUCUGUGGCUGCUCUUGACAGACUAACGGUGAACCAUGAUCUCCUUGGCCAUUCCCGAGCUGGGGUCAUGGGAGGGCAAGAUCUUCGUGGGGAUUCUGGGAUUCUCAUGGGCGACUUACAUGUGGGAGGAAUAUCUUGCGUACAGACAGCGCCGUGUGUACAAAGAAAAUGUCAUUCCACCAAAAGAACUGAAGAAUAUCAUGGAGAGAGAGACAUAUGAUAAGGCAAGAGCUUACAGCUUGGACAAAAGCAAGUUCGGUUUGGUGGAGGGAGCUUUCAACCAGAUACUGAGUACAGGCAUCAUGGUGUAUGGAGGAUUUCCUGCACUGUGGGCAGCAUCUGGCCAGUUUAUUCAAUGGCUUGGCUUCAGUCCUGAGGCUGAGAUCCCCCAGACUGUGGCUUUUGUGUGUAUUGGUUCCCUGCUGAACAACAUCCUCUCCCUUCCCUGGUCUGCAUACUAUACUUUCAAGGUAGAACAGAAGCACGGUUUCAACAAACAGACUCCUGGAUUUUUCAUAAAGGAUAAAUUCAAGAAAUUUGUUGUUUCCCAAGUGAUUGCCUCACCAGUUGUAGCUGGUCUUGUAUAUAUUAUUAAGGCUGGUGGGGAUUACUUCUUUGUCUACCUUUGGGGAUUCACAAUGGUCGUUGUGAUGUUCUUCAUGACCGUCUACCCUGACUACAUUGCGCCACUCUUUGACAAGUACGAACCUCUGCCAGAGGGGGAGCUUAAGUCAAGGAUAGAGGAGCUAGCAGCACAGAUUGAAUUCCCCCUCACAAAGUUAUAUGUUGUCGAAGGAUCAAAGAGAUCAGCCCACAGCAAUGCUUACUUCUACGGCUUCUUCAAGAAUAAGCGCAUUGUUUUGUAUGAUACAUUGCUAGAAGAGUACACACCACUGAAUGAAAAGGAAGGUGAGAAAGAAGAGAAAGAAACUGAAAACAAGGAAAAGAAAAAAACUGGUUGUAAUACAGAUGAGGUGCUUGCUGUAUUGGGACACGAGUUGGGUCACUGGAAACUCAAUCAUGUAUUGAAGGGGAUCAUUAUUUCUCAGGUUAAUUUGCUGCUGGUUUUCUCUGUGUUUGGUUCCUUGUACAAGUAUUCACCUUUGUACAAUGCAUUUGGGUUUCACCAUAGUCAGCCUGCAUUCAUCGGUCUCAUCAUUGUGAUGCAGUUCGUCUUUGCUCCGUACAAUGAGAUUUUACAGUUCCUGCUGACCAUGUUUAGCAGACACAAUGAGUUCCAGGCUGAUGCUUUUGCAAAGGAGCUGAACCAUGCCACCAACUUGAUAUCAGCACUUAUCAAGCUGAACGAAGACAACCUUGGCUUCCCAGUGUACGACCCCCUGUUCUCGGCCUGGCACCUCUCUCAUCCACCAAUUCUUGAGAGGAUUCGGGCAUUAGAGGAAAAGAAGAAAGAGUAAUCUUUCCUUUGCAUAGGUUGCAUUUUUAAUUUUGAUGAAUGUAGUCUUUUUCAUUCUUUCUUUCCUUCUCUUUUGUAAGAGAAUACAAUGGGUCUAUUUUUUCUAAUUGUAGCAUGAUAGUAAUUUCGUAUUCCUUUUAUAAAUAUAAGUGAAACUCAUAUGCACAAUGUCUGUUAUUUUUAGGCAGUGUUAUUUGGAAAGGAGACAAUAGGCCUGACAUGCAUUGUGAAUAUAGGAUGUUGGUUGUCUUGUUUUUUUUGUGAUAUUUUAUUUUUCAUAUUUACAUUCAAGUUCUUUCUCAAUACACAUUGUCUUCAAUGUAUUUCUUUCAAGUAAAUGAUUGAAUAUGUUGUUGAUGUAUGACCAGAUAUGAAAUAGGUAUGGAAGGGCUCUAUUAUAUAUUUUUCUGUUUUGAAUGCUACAAGAUAAAGUUGAUAGAUAUGAAGUUAAUAAAAGGAAAGUAUCCUUGGAUAUUUCAGUUUAUUUGAAAUGUGAUUAUUCUCAAGGAGUGUAUUGCUAAGGAAAUUAUCAUUACUUUUGCCUCAAGGUCAUAUGUGAAGAUGCUCAGAAGAAUGUAAAAAAAAAAAAAAAAACUUUUUACAUUUAUAUGUUUAAACCACAAAUGUCUUUGAUGCUAUCCUAAAAUCCUAACUGCAAAGUUUGAAUUCAUACCAUUUUGGAUAUUUUGAUGUCUGGUGGAACAGUAUGGUGAAACCAUUUUUUGAAAGGGAUAUUUCAAAGGAAAAUUUCCUGGAACUUAUGUACAUCAGUUAUGUAGUGAGAUGAGGUAUUUGGCAUUAGCACUCUCUUAUUAGUACUUGUAAUGAUUAAAGGCUAAAUUGAAAGAGUUAUUAAUUAUUUAUCAUUAAAAAUCUGAAGUAG